UAGUCUGCUCCGCCGGAUAUCGGAAAUUGGGAAUCUCUAACCACGGAUCUCGGAAAAGUGAAAUUUUGUUGUGUCAAUGUGCAAGUGUGAUUGUGUCGUGGCAAGGAUAUCUCUGUUAUAGAAUCCAAAUUCAUAAUGGCAUCGGAAGUGCAGACAUUUUACAAAGACAAAGUUGUCUUUCUCACAGGUGGCAGUGGCUUUCUCGGCAAAGUGAUCAUUGAAAAGCUACUUCGCACCACGGAGGUGAGACGGAUCUAUGUGCUGUUGCGUUCCAAGAGCGGUCAGGACAUCCAGGAGCGAUUUUCAGCCUGGGAAAGUCAUCCGGUCUUCAAUUCCAUUUUGCAAUCGAAUCCCAAAAUCAUGCAGCGAGUGGCUCCUCUCUGUGGCGAUUGCCAGGAACCGGAUCUGGGUCUGAGCAACUCGGACCGCCAGCUCCUGGUGGAGGAGGUGCAAGUGGUGCUCCACAGUGCUGCCACAGUCCGGUUUGUGGAGCCAUUGCACAUUGCUCUGGCCAUAAAUACGCGGGCCGCCCGCUUGAUGCUGGAAUUGGCGCGAGAAAUGCGAAAUCUUCAGGUUUUCGUGCACGUUUCCACGGCCUACUCGAACUGUGUGGUGGACCAUAUCAAGGAGCGAUUCUAUCCGGAACACUUGACCUGUCCCGCCGCCAAGGUCCUGGAAUUAAACGAGACCCUAAGCUCGGACCUGGUCGACAAUAUGGCGCCAGCUUUGCUGGGAAGAUAUCCCAACACUUAUACCUACACAAAGGCUCUGGCGGAGCAGUUGAUCCAGCAGGAGGCGGGCGAUCUGCCGAUCUGUAUAUUUCGUCCUGGCGUUAUUAUUGCCACCUAUAAGGAACCCGUGGCCGGUUGGAUUGACAAUUUGUACGGACCCAUUGCUGUGUUGUACGGAGCAGCCUUUGGUGUCCUGCGGAUCACGAGGCUCAACGUUAAGGCCCAGGCUGGGAUUGUGCCAGUGGACUACUGUGUGAACAUGGUCCUUACUUGCGCCUGGCAUACGGCCUUGGAGAGUCCUAGUCUUCGCACGGAACCGACGAUCUACAAUUUUACACCCAGCGAGGAGAACCUGAUCACGUGGGGCGGAUUUCGGGACAAGGCCACAAGCCUGAGCUGCCACUACCCGCUCACACGGAUGAUGUGGGUGCCGUUCCUGCACUGCACCACCACGCCCUGGAUCUUUCGGCUGGUGACCUACUUCUAUCACCUGCUGCCCGGGUAUACCAUCGAUCUGUUUCUCAGACUGCGUGGCCGGAAGCCUCGGAUGAUAAAACUGUACGACAAGAUACAUAAGACCAUCGAGAUUCUGACUCCGUUUGUGGACACGUCGUGGCAAUUUGACACGGAGAACACCCAGCGCCUAUGGCGCCGCAUGUCCGCCGUGGAUCAGAAGCUCUUCGACUUCGAUAUGCGAUGUGUCAACUGGGACGAUUACUUUUUAAACGCCCUGGCGGGAAUCCGAAUCUACCUGGGUAAGGAGGAGCCUGGGGCAGAGACCCUGGAGCGGGGAAAAAGGAUAUUCUGGCGAUUCAAAGUUCUCCACCGGAUCCUUCAAUUCAUUUUAUGCAGCGGGUUUGCGGUUCUUUUCUGGUCUUUAGUCAAGUGCUUGAUUAGUUUUUAAAUGAAGUGAUUAAACACUCGAAUAACAGUUUUAUUGUUUAAAGAAUUAAUAAAUGUUUAUGGCCAAAUUAUUGACUCACUGGUUGUUGGCCCACUGCAGAAUGCCAAGGAUCCGAAAACAAAAAGCCAUAGUAGAUGGAAUUGAACGAGAAAGGAGACGAAGCGCGCCAUUUGAACGCAACAGAAGCUCGGAGGAGACUGAAUCCGAGAGUCUAUCGCCAUUUUCAUUGACUUUCACUCAGGCACCGUGGAUUGGCCGCAUCCGUUUCCGCCCCAGAGCCUGGAGAAAAGCCGACAGUUGAUGGCGCCGGAGGGGCGUGAGGAAACUAGCUUUGCCGCCAUUUCUCAUCGAUUAAUGUACAUAAUUCAAUUGGAUCAAAGGGAAAAGGACACUAAAAACAAAACAGUUAGGCUUAUUUUUAGCUUUCUUAUCUUAUCUGCAAUUAUUUAUCCAAUAAAAAGAUUUAAGCAAUUGAAUUCAAACCAA